ACCAUGGCGGAGCCCACGGUGUGCUCCUUCCUCACCAAGGUGCUGUGCGCCCACGGCGGCCGUAUGUUCCUGCCGGACCUGCGCGGCCACGUGGAGCUGUCGGAGGCCAAGCUGCAGGACGUGCUGCGGCGGGCCGGGCCGGACCGCUUCCUGCUGCAGGAGGUGGCGGCGAGGGAGGAUCCCGGGGACGCUGAGGCAGAGGCCGAGGCGGCCGGCGCGGGCGGGAGCGGCGCCUCCGCCUGGAGGGUGGUGGCCGUGUCCUCCGUGCGCCUCUGCGCCCGCUAUCAGCGCGGCGAGUGCCAGGCCUGCGACCAGCUGCACUUCUGCCGCCGGCAUAUGCUGGGCAAGUGCCCCAACCGGGACUGCUGGUCUACCUGUACUCUUUCCCAUGAUAUCCACACACCUGUCAACAUCCAGGUCCUGAAAAACCAUGGACUUUUUGGCCUCAAUGAAUCCCAGCUUCGGAUCCUGCUUUUACAGAAUGACCCCUGCCUUUUACCAGAGGUCUGUUUGCUCUACAACAAAGGUGAAGCCCUCUAUGGAUACUGCAACCUCAAAGAUAAAUGCAACAAGUUUCACGUGUGCAAAUCCUUUGUCAGGGGAGAGUGCAAACUUCAGACCUGCAAACGGUCCCAUCAGCUCAUUCAUGCCACAGCUUUGAAGUUGCUACAGGACCAAGGACUGAAUAUUCCAAGUGUCGUUAAUUUUCAGAUAAUCUCUACCUACAAGCAUAUGAAGCUGCAUAAGAUGCUGGAAAAUAAAGAUAAUUCAGCUUCUACUGAGUAUUCACAGGGCCUUGAAAAACAAGGAGCACAUGCAGCUGGGCCUGCAGAAGCCAGUCCUCUGGUUUCUGUCCCCGCUCAGGUGGCCAAGAAACCCUGCCCAGGUAAGGCUCCAGACUCCAUUGAGUGCUCAGGCCUUUCCAAGUCAAAGGUCCAGGUUUAUACCUAG